CUUCACUUUGCUUCUAGAGCGUCUCUUGCUGCGGCCUUGCUUGAUGUGGGCCUUACGCACCGCUGCCAUCCGCUGCUAGCAUGUUAGAGGCGAAAGAAGAAGCCCGGUCUGCCGAGGCCUUUGACGCCAUCUUGGCCAAACUUGAGAUUGCUCUUUCCAAGGCCGAUGCGGCCGAUCCCACACGAAAUGCCGUACGCUUUCAAGGCAUCGUCUUGGAUCUCUUCUCCCACAUCGAGGCAGCGAGAUCACUGAUGAUGGAGGUUUUAAGAAGCGAAAACGUCAACCGAACCAUCCUGCAGCAUGUCUUCGGUGGGGAUUGUGUCCGUAUCUCCCGGGCACGCGCAGUCGUGGAAUCUGCUGCGCAGAUGAACCUCCGCGGCAGGCAUAAAAUGGCAGCAGACUGCCUCAGAGCUUGCGAGUGUGUGGAGCAAGUUCUGAGCGAUUUGGGCUUGGGAUUUUCCCUUCGUCAAGCCCAGAUCCGCGAGCGAGAACUUUUGAAGCAGAGGAGGGCCAGUCGUGGAACCUCGAAGGCGCCCAACAGUCCGGGGGACUCCACGAGAGCAGCCAGGGCCCAGGCCAGCGAGGCCGAGGCCGUGUCACCAGCAGAACGGCCACAGUUCGUGAAGGUCAUUGAGGAGCCGCCUCAUGGGCUGGAGGAUGCCCACGAUCAGCACCCGGAGGAGGAACCAGCUGCAUUGGUUCAGAAAGAGGAUCCAUCCGUGCAGGUUCAGCAAGAGGAACCACCUUUGGUGGCUCAGGAGGAGGAACUACCCGUGGUAGUUCAGAAGGAGGAACCACCCGCGGUGGUUCAAGAGGAGGAGCCACCCGUGGUUGUUCAGGAGGAACCACCCCUGGUGGUUCAGGAGCCACCUCGAGCUGUUCAGGAGCCAACCCGGUUUCUCUCGCUAGAGGAAUCACCUGCAGUCAAUCAGGACAAGGAACAAUUGGUCGGAGAGGUAGACGAGAUGAACUCACCAGUGAAAGCUGGUUGGCCUCAGAGACCCGAUGAGCCCGACGAGUUGCUUCACUCGCGUGCAAGCUCAGGUGCUGAUCGAAACCUGGAGCCAGAGGCAGAGCCCAUCGACAUUGGCCAAGCUGACACUGCAAGUAGGCCUUCCAAAGCGAAUGCCCAUCCUGCCCCCGAUCUGGGUGAUGCUGAGGCUGUUCCGGCGGAGCAGCUGCCUCCCUAUUUUUAUCCACACCUGCAGUCGUUGGCAGGCCGUGUUUUCCUUCACUAUGCCACUGGGGACUGUACAGCUCCAGGGGGUGCAACUUUGAGCACUACAAGGUUCCGGUGCUUUUUGAGGGACUGCAGCAUUCUGAGCUCCAGUGAGAGUGCCGAAGCCUUGCAAAGGCAGCCCUCGAACCCGAACAACCUGGAUCGUCGUCCAGCGCCUGGUUUGGUCGUGGGGUCGAGACCCGCCGCAGCCCGGCGGUCCUCCUCAGUGUCCUCUACCACGCGCUCGCGCAAGAUGAGCCGCCAGCUUUCAACCGGCUUCGCGCGUGGCUUUGGCAACACUGCGGAAGUGGCGGCAGGGGAGAACGGAAAGUUGCCGUUGGACCUGUGCCCAAGUCCGGUCCUGACGCGGGCGCAAGCCGAUCUUUUGUACAUACAAGUCAUGAAGCAACAAGAGGUGCACAUGACACAGGAGAGCUUCAUGAGGGCCUUGGCGAUUGUUGGGCAGCAGUGCCUAGCAGGCAUGGAUCCUGCAGAAGCGCCUGAACUCCAUGAUAGCCAGGCCAGUCUUCUCAACUGGUUUUGCGAGUGGGCUUUGGUGCCCCUUGCAGACGCCCUGGGGAUCAGUCAGCAUGAUGUGCUGUGUGCGGCUGAGAUUUUACGUGACCCGGCCGUCUCGGCACUGCUUCGAAGCUGCCAGCGGGGGUUGGAUAUCGUGUUCGCCCGCUACGCCGCCGCGAGCCCGGCACCGCGAGAGCCGUACAGGAAGGGAUUCUGGACCGUGCAGUCAAUGCAGCGCUUCGCUGCGGAGUCAGAUCUCUCCGCUGAGUUGAGCCAUCAGUGCCUCCAGGGGAUUUUCUCUGGCUGCGUGCAAUAUGGCCUUGAGCGUCGAGGUGUUGCUGGGAAGAUGUCCUCCACUUGCUUUCGUUUGGCUUUGGUGGUGAUCGCUCAGCGUGUACAUAGUGCUCCUGGAUGUACACCCCUCAUGCGGGUGGCCAUGUUUAUGUUGCGGUUGAGCAUUUGCCGUGGAGCCUCCGACCUGGGGGUGGCCGCUCGUGCAGUGCUGGGAAAGCAGAAUGCCAAGAGAUUUUGAGUCCGACCAGGUGGGGAGUGACUUGAUCGGUCAGUGACUUGGGUGCACCAGUUGCUCCAAGUUUGUUCCAUCGAUUUGACGAAGCUCCUUGAUUCCUUCCCCAUCAGGAUGUCGUAAAGCAAGCUUUUUGCUAAACGACGGGCAAGCAACUUGAGGAAUCUUGCGAAGCGCUGACUGAACACUUCUGAAGCAACCGAGCCGGCAGGAGUGCUUCAUAAGCCUUGCCGUGCGGUGUUUGAGGAGUUUGCCAGGGACUGUCUGUGGCAAUGGUGCUGAUAAUUUUUGCACGCCAAGAUAGUCUGCAAGAUAUUGAUUCAUUGAUUAUCAUUAUGAUCAUUUGCUUUCAAGGGAACACCCAGCCGAGUUUGCAGAGCUGUACAGUCGCCGGGCAGAGCUGUGACAGACUAGGAUCCUGGAUAUUAGGAUCCUUGCAUCACAUGCGUAAAUUCCUUUGACAGACCGUUUGACUCUCCGGUUUUUGGGCAUCAAAUCCGCGCCAAUGCGCACCCGCCCGCGGGGGCGAUUCCCAUCGGUUCCGUCGACCUGUCGAGUCAUCCGGUCGGUCUGUCGAGUCAUCAGGGCUUGUCGCUUCAGGAUUCAGAUGUCACUCAGACGCUGUUUGCAAUCAUGUAUAUGUAAGUGGAACAAAUCCCUGUUUGUCUCUGUUUGUCGAGGAAGGAUCAGGAAGGUCUUAUUCCCAAGCACUGUUGUCCACUUCCAUAUUUGCUCUUUGUUGCACGAAUAGGAGCCGCUUGGACGGAAACGAAUUGGACGGGAAGUUUGCGGAACAGACGAGGGAGUUGAGACCCUGAAACUUGGAUCGGGAGAAGUGUUUUCCACACACCGCCCUUUUCCAUCCCUUUCCGCUUCCAUUGG